AGCCGCCCCUCAUCAUCACGAUAGACGCCAUGAAGGGCCAGAGGCUGUCAGAUCGGGACUACCACUACUGGCGCCAGAAGGCGCUCGAGUACAGCAACGGCAUCACCGGCGUCAACGAGAAGACGCCGCAGAAGCAAGCCGAGCGGAUGCUGCUGAUUCUGGAGGACGUAGACUACCAGAGAACCGUGUUGGACCAGCUGCGCGGACAGGUGCAGGAGGUGCAGAGGAAGCUCUCCCUGUCGCUCAUCUACCUCGAGGCACUGAAGCAGGUCUCGUCUUCGAAAAACGACCCGACGUCGCUGAGCUCGAUGCAGCAGCAGCAGACGACGCUGCACUACAUCUCGCGCCAGUCGCCCUACCCGGGCACCAAGAUCCAGCGGUUCCCGGUGCCCGACAACCCAACGUCAUCUGGAGGCUGGUCACGGAUGAUUUGUUCCUCAAGCUUCCAUCGGGCCACAGCAGCCUAUUCAACGAGGUGGGGAACUUCCAGGGAACACUCACUACGUAACCACCUGAUUUUUCCACCUUUCUGAAGAGGCAGCAAAUUUGGAUUGAGGCAACUUGAAAUACUCAAGCUCAAGACGAAGACGGAACUCCACGUUAAGUGUCGAUGCAAACAUGGAGUGCGCGUU